AUGGCUACCCAAAGAACUUCAUUACCUUCACUGUCUUCAAUUUUAUUCAAUAGUAAUACCGCUACCACUGCUGACGUUACUUCAAAUGCUAUUUUACAACAAGCUUUCCAUCAUGAUAAUCGCGGAAUUAUAAGAUUACCACCUUUAAACGCUACUGGCAUCAAUCGUCCAAGAUCUGUCGACAGUGCUUUAAGACAUACUGCAAGCGAUAUCGAAUUGGUUAUUUCUCAAAGCCAACAUCAACAGCAACAAGAAAACAAUCAAGAAUCACUAUUAAACAGAUCUCAAUCUUGCGCUACAUUACAAAACACAAACACUCCAUUGAAAGAUCAUGUUCAGCAGCAACUUAAUCAAAAUAAUAGUUUUGAAUCACCAUCAACUCCAAUAGUGAAAAAGAAAUCCAGUCAUAAGAUGAAUGAUAUGUUAACACCAUUGUCUGCUGCAAAAGCUAUUAUCACACCAUCUACAAACGAUAAGAAGAGAGCAUUUGCAUUCAUUACCCAUUCACAAGAAACUUUCCCAACAAAGGAACCUAAAAUUGACAAUGCUCCUUUAGCUCGUCGUAAAAGAAGAAGAACUUCAACUCAAGAAUUGAAUAUUUUACAAAAUGAGUUUGCUAAAGAUGCCACUCCUGACAAGCAGAAAAGAAUUUAUUUAGCUGAACGCUGUAAGAUGUCAGAAAAAGCAGUUCAAAUCUGGUUUCAAAAUAGAAGACAAGCAGAAAAGAGAAGAAAAAUAGCAGCAGAAAAAGGCUACUCACACAACGAUAAUAGCAAUGAUAAUAAAUCAGUCGAAGGUACAACAAAUGACUCAAAUACUACAACUGACCUUAAUUCGAAAACUCCAGAAACUGAAAAAUCGAUUGAUAACAUUCAUCAAUUGGAUAAAACCCCAGAAUUACAUAUCCCAUUAAAGGAUAAUCAAGUUACUCCUUCAAAGAGUAAAUUGGAAAGUAAUAAUCAUUUAGAGUCACCAAUUCCGACAAGAACCACUCCACCUCAAAAGAGAGGUCAAGCUUUAACUUUCCAUUUAAGAACUGAUAAAAAAAUUUUAACUCCUUUGAAAACUUUACCAAAUAACAGAGUAAAUAAGCUUAUUAAUGGUGAUAUGAAUGCAAAGGAAAAUAUCCCAGAUUCAAUCGCUUCUAUGAAUUGCAACUCUCCUAAGAAAUCAUCUUUAAAGAUUAAACAAACCAAUUCUAUGCCAUUAAAGGAAAUUGAACCGAACAAAGCUUAA